AUGCAUGGAUUGGGGAGUAUUCCUGUUCCAGCAAAGAAAGACACCAACAAUAACGCUACAUGUGCCCCGACAAAAUCCCAGGUACAUCCAGUCUCGUCUCAGCAAACUCUGCCCAAUAUUUUAGCGGCGAAAUAUCCACCAAAAUCACCAAAAGCAAAGACAAUCACAGACUGCAUAGCCAAUUUCAUCAUUAAAGAUCUAAGGCCAUACAGAAUAGUAGAUUCUGCCGAAUUCCGAACAUUGGUAAAAACUCUUGACCCUCGAUAUCAGUGCCCUAGCAGAAAACAAUUUUCUGAUGUUUUGAUUCCACAGAAAUACGAAGCAGUGAAAACACAGGUGCAGGGCCAGUUGAAAACUGCUACGCAGAUUGCUAUUACAACUGAUGGAUGGACUUCACGUUCCACGGAAUCCUAUGUGACAAUCACAUCAUCCCAUAUAAGUGACCAAUGGGAAAUGAAGAAUUUCGUCCUCCAAACUCGCAGUAUGCCAGAAAGUCAUACAGGUGAAAACAUUGCUGAUUCUAUCACCAAAGCUUUAGGAGAAUGGAACAUAGCAAAGACCCCACUUUUCAUGGUAUCUGAUAAUGCAGCAAACAUGACCAAAGCUGGAGAGCUACUAAACUGCGAACUCCACCUUGGAUGCUAUGCCCAUACUCUAAACUUAGCUGUUCAGAAGUGUUUAGGGGUCCAGUCAGUUGCACGAAUUCUUGCUCGAGUGAGAAGAAUUGUAGGUUUUUUCCACAGAAGUAGUGUAGCCGCUGCUAUGCUGAAAACACAGUCAACUUUACUAGAACUGCCCUAUCACAAACUUGUCAUGGAUGUGUGCACACGAUGGAACAGUGCAUAUGAUAUGUUAGAAAGAUAUCUGUCUAUGCAAGCUGCAAUCGUUAGUGUCCUUGUGAGCAAAGAACUAAAAAAUAAGGAAAAGGAUUUGAAAUUUCUUUCGGAUGAUGAAACAACCCUUGCAGAGGAAAUUGUGACUUGCCUUAAGCCACUCAAGGCCAUUACCACUACCAUGUGUAGCGAGACAUGUCCAACAGCGUCUAUCAUAUUACCUAUUCAUCACCAGCUGUUGAAAAGUAUUCUUCUUCCCAAAGAAGGCGACUCGGCCACAAUUAUCAAUAUGAAGAAGUCAAUGUCAUCAAACCUCAAAGAACGAUACGCUUUGAAAGAACAUACCUUAAAUAAAAUCACAGCUCUUGAUCCGCGCUUUAAGUCGCUGCCGUAUUUAUCAGAGGAGGACCGGUUGUCAGUUUUUGACAUUUUAGUAAGGGAAGCAGGCAAUCUUGAUAACAAUUUGGCACAGAUCACUGUUAAGAGUGAGCCAGUGGACAAUGAUGACAUACCUCUCCCAACUUUGCCUACAUUGUCGGAAGAUUCCACAGACUCUGAUGAACUCCCACAGAACAACCCAACCCCUCCAAAAAUCAUGAAAUUAGAAUCAAAGUCUUCAUCUAAUACUCUUGUUGACAUACUAGGAGAUGUUUAUAUAACAAAGGUGGAGUCCAUUCAGAAAAAGUCUCAACUGCAAGCAGCAGAGGAUGAAAUUUUACAAUACAAGAACUCCUCUGGAAUUCCAGUGAAUGGUAGUCCACUUGACUGGUGGAAGGAAAACCAAGAAAAGUUUCCACUUCUGGCCGUUCUAGCGAAAAGAUACCUAUGCAUUCCUGGAACCAGCGUCCCUUCUGAGCGUGUCUUUAGUACGGCAGGGGAUAUUGUAACUGCUCAGAGAGCAAAUCUGAAGUCCAAACAUGUGGACAUGCUAAUUUUUUAA